UGUUGCUGCUGACGUUGGUGCUAUACAAAGUGACGAUGGCGUUCACCGAUCAGUCCCUCCUGGACCUUACAGAUAAAGAAACCCGGGAGAAACUGUCGCUAUGGGAUCGGCGCACAGGUGCCAUGGCCCCCCUCACGGAGAAACAAAUGGACUCUGUCCUGGAGAUCCGAGCGGCAGCUGAAACGCUCUCUAUCCCGUCAGAGUUGCCAAUUGAGGACUUGUGCAGCCUUUCGUCGAGGUCUUUGCAGUCCUCCUUCACAGCGACUGUGCCCGCGUCCACAGAGGACGUCCUGCUGAAGGGCUUCCAGAGCCUCCAUAUGGAGAGUGACAGGAUAGAAACUGCACAGCAGUUUUUUGCCUGGUUUGCCAAUUUACAGGCAAACAUGGACCAGGAGAAGAGUGAGAAAUACAGGAAAACCAGAGAUGAUCUGUACUGCUACCAGGAACAAUGCGAUGCUAUUCUGAAGGAUUGCUGCGCUGCUUUGGAGCACUUGGACUCUCUUCAGAAACAGUACCUGUUUGUGUCCAAUAAGACCAGCAACCUGCAUGAAGCCUGUGAAAAGCUCCUAAAAGAGCAGUCAGAGCUAGUUGACCUGGCAGAAAGCAUCCAGCAGAAACUUUCCUAUUUUAACGAGUUAGAAAACAUAAACACGAAACUGAACUCGCCAACCUUGUCUGUAAAUAGCGAAGGCUUUAUACCGAUGCUUUCAAAACUGGACGACUGCAUUGAAUACGUGUCUUCUCACCCAAAUUUCAAGGACUAUCCCGUUUAUUUAGCCAAGUUUAAACAAUGUCUUUCUAAAGCUAUGCACUUCAUGAAGAUCUACAUUGUAAACACGAUGCAGAAUCUCACCAACCAGUUAACAAAAAGGGAUCCAAUGGGCUUGACCAACGCAGACAACGCCUUUACACUCUUCUAUGUUAAGUUUAGAGCAGCUUCACCUAAAGUCAGAUCACUGAUUGAGCAGAUAGAACAGCGAGCAGAGAAGAUUCCAGAAUACCAUCAGCUGCUGGAUGAAGUGCAUCAGUGCUACCUGGAUCAGAGAGAGCAGCUCCUCAGUCCCAGCAUCACGUCCACCAUUACUGACCUGACCAACCAAAACAUUAAAGACCACUGUGCCCUGGUUCGCAGUGGCUGUGCCUUUAUGGUUCAUGUGUGCCAGGAUGAACACCAACUGUACAACGAGUUCUUCUCUAAACCUUCAUCCAAGCUGGACGAGCUGUUAGAGAAGUUGUGUUUGUCCCUGUACGAUGUCCUCCGGCCUCUAAUCAUCCACAUCAUCCACCUGGAAACGCUGUCGGAGCUCUGCAGCAUCCUCAAGAAUGAGAUGCUGGAAGACCACGUUCACAAUAACGCUAUGCAGCUGGGGGCCUUUGAUGCCUUAGUGAAGCAGAUGCUGGAGGAUGUCCAGGAGAGGCUGGUCUACAGGACUCACAUUUACAUCCAGACUGAUAUCACAGGCUACAAUCCAGCUCCGGGGGAUCUUGCCUAUCCUGAGAAACUAGAGAUGAUGGAAAAAAUCGCUCAGAGCCUCAAAGAGGAGCAGAUGAAGCAGAUGUCGCAGGAGUCAAUGUUCUCCGACGUCCAGCUUGAGGAUCCCGACGGUCGAAAGAACAGUAAUGCUGGGAGUGUAGAAGCGUCAAGCCUUCAGACGUCUAUCUCUCCUGCUGAUCUGCACGGCAUGUGGUACCCUACCGUCAGGCGGACUCUGGUUUGUCUGUCCAAACUCUACAGAUGUAUAGAUAGAGCAGUCUUCCAGGGUUUAUCUCAAGAAGCCUUAUCUGCCUGCAUCCAGUCCCUGCUUAAAGCCUCAGAUAUCAUCCUUAAAAACAAGACGCAAAUAGAUGGGCAACUUUUCCUGAUCAAGCACCUGCUGAUAAUGCGCGAACAGAUUGCCCCAUUUCACACCGAUUUCGCCAUCAAGGAAAUCUCACUGGACCUGAAGAAAACGCGAGAUGCUGCCUUCAAAAUUCUGAACCCCAAGCUUGUUCCCAAUUUCUUCCGAUUUAACAGCCACAACGCCAUACUUGAAUUCCUGUUGGAGGGGACUCCGGAGAUAAAGGAGCACUACAUUGACUCGAAGAAGGACGUGGACCGACACCUCAAGUUCAGCUGUGAGCAGUUCAUCCAGCAGCAGACUCAGAUCUUUGUGGGGAACCUUGAGGAGUUUCUCACCAAGGUUGCAGCUCUUAAAACGAUGGCUAUCCAAGGCGGUCCCACAUACAGCCUGUCUCAGCAACCUUGGGCACAACCAGCAAAGAUCAACGAUAUAGUGAUGGCUACCUACCGGGUGAUGAAGAGCAAGCUGCCAAGCACUUUACAAAGCAUGUCCUUGUACUUAGCCAACAGAGACACAGAGUUCAUCCUUUUCAAGCCAGUCCGGAAUAACAUCCAGCAGGUAUUCCAAAGACUGCACGCCUUGCUUCAGGAGGAAUACAGCGGAGAAGACCUUCAAAUCAUCGCCUGUCCAUCUCUGGAGCAGAUUAACCUGCUGCUGUCUGUGAAUAAGUAAUGUGCCAGUUUGGUGCACAUGUGACGCCGCUGUACAUCAUCUGGAUAGCAAUUGGAUGUUGCAACUGCAGCCAUAACUGUGUGAGCCGUGAGCUCAAGUAGGCGAGAUGACCAGAGAUCUGCACUUGAGCUGCAGGCUCGGACUGGAAGUGCGGAAGUGACGGCGUUAAAAAAAGAUCCUGCACAAGGCCAGAGACUGUUUGACAGAGGCUCAAGUAGCCACUGGUAUGUCGAGGUCCAGGUAUUCAUCUUGAAGUCCAUAACAAACUGGGAAGUGGAGGGUGUUAUUUUGGGUACUGAGCUCGAUUUGUUUGAGGUGAUGUUGUGGUGAGGGUUCUUUUCACAAAGGAGAAAAAUCCAUUUGGACAAGGCUGCUUUGCUUUUAACACCAAAUAGGUUUGAAUUAAAAAUAAUUUGCGCACUAUGUGGGGACGAGGGGUGUGAGUAAUAUGAAGAGUGUUCACACAAGGACACUUUGGGCACGCAAAUAGAGGCACUAAAGGGUUGUUCAUCAGCCAGGUAGCUAAUGGCCAGUAAAAGGUGGGCUUGCAUUCAGAUGCCUGGUUUAGUUUCCCCUCGGUGGGUUUGAAGGAAAACAACAGAAAAAUAUUUUAAUCCCUCUAUUUUAAAAAAUGUAACAGACUGUAACAUUUAGCUGAACUCCAUGGUGGCUUGAUGUUCUACAGGAUGCUCAUGUCCAACAGGUUCUCCUCUCUGAUCCACCUAAUGAGUCUUCCACAUUUAUUCUUUUGAAUGUUUUUGUAAUUCUGCUGCAAAUAUGUAAAAUACUACAAUGAAA